UUUCCCUUGCAAAUGCCAGUUCUAAAAAGUUUCUUCAAGAAAAUGGCAUUUUGGCUGUGUGUGAUCUUUUGUCUUGUCACAUUCGCUUCCUCAACUCCUCCAGAUGAUCCGGUCAAGUGCAAGUCUGGGAACACAAUAUGCACGGUUACGAAUUCGUAUGGAGCAUUUCCUGACCGCUCCAUAUGCGAAGCUGCAAAGGUGGAGUACCCAAGAACCGAGGCUGAGCUCGUCUCUGUGGUGGCUGCAGCCACUAGAGCCGGCCAAAAGAUGAGGGUUGUGACUCGGUACUCUCACAGCAUCCCAAAGCUGGUCUGCACUGACGUAAAGGACGGGAUUCUAAUAAGCACCAAAUUUCUAAACCAUGUGGUGAGAACCGAUCCCAAGGCCAAGACUUUAACGGUUGAGAGCGGCGUGACGCUAAGGGAGCUGAUAGAAGAAGCGGCCAAGUUGGAGCUGGCGUUACCGUACGCACCGUACUGGUGGGGACUAACGGUUGGAGGGAUGAUGGGGACGGGUGCUCACGGUAGUUCGUUGUGGGGUAACGGAAGUGCCGUCCAUGAUUACGUGACCGAGAUAAGCAUCGUGAGUCCCGGUUCCGUUUCUGACGGGUAUGUGAAGGUUCGGGUUCUUAGUGAGACUAUGAACCCUGAAGAAUUUAAUGCAGCCACAGUUUCUUUAGGAGUUCUUGGUGUUAUAUCUCAGGUAACUUUCAAAUUGGAACCAAUGUUCAAGAGAUCCUUGACGUAUGUUGUGAGAAACGAUACCGACAUGGAAGAUCAAGCCUUGACUUUUGGUAGACAACACGAAUUUGCGGACUUAUUAUGGUUACCAAGCCAAGGAAAAGUUGUGUAUAGAAUUGAUGACCGAGUUCCGACAAACGUUUCGGGAGAUGGCGUGUUCAGUUUCUUCCCAUUCCGUUCACAAGUCUCUUUGAUCGUUGCCUUCGUCAGAUCCUUAGAGGAGAGUGACGAGUUGUCUGGAGAAGCAAACGGAAAGUGUGUGAGAGCAAGACAACUAUCAUCCUUUUUGUUAAGAAUCGCGUUCGGUGUGACCAAUAAUGGCUUUAUAUUUACAGGCUAUCCGGCUGUCGGAAGCCAAGACCGUAUGAUGUCUUCCGGUUCAUGUCUAGACAGUCAUCAGAAUGGACUGAUCACGGCUUGUCCGUGGGAUCCGCGGAUAAAAGGCCAAUUCUUUCAUCAAACAACAUUUAGUGUUCCUCUUGCGCGAGUCAAAGCUUUCAUAAAAGACAUCAAAGCUCUUGUAAAGAUCGAACCUAAAUCUCUCUGCGUCCUUGAACUCAACAACGGCAUUUUAAUGCGAUAUGUCACAUCCUCUCCUGCCUUUCUUGGGAAGGAAGAAAAAGCUUUAGACUUUGACCUAACUUACUACAGAAGCAAAGAUGAUCCUUUGACACCCCGUCUCUACGAGGAUUAUAUUGAAGAGAUCGAGCAAAUGGCGCUCUUGAAGUACAAUGCUUUGCCACAUUGGGGAAAGAAUAGGAACAUAGCGUUUGAUGGUGUCAUUAAGAAGUACAAGAACGCAAACUUGUUUCUGAAAGUAAAGGAGAGAUUGGAUCCCUCGGGGUUGUUUUCUACAGAAUGGACCGAUCAGAUUCUAGGGUUAAAAGGAAACGUGACGGUUGUGAAACAAGGAUGUGCAUUGGAAGGGCUUUGUAUUUGUUCGGAGGAUUCUCAUUGUGCUCCUAACAAAGGUUAUUUGUGUCGGCCAGGUAAAGUUUAUAGUGCAGCUAGGGUUUGUACUCGUGUAAGUGCUUGAGAGUGAUUAUUAACCUCCAAACUAUCGAAGAAUCAUACUUAAA